AUGAAACGAAAAACUUCGGUAUACGAUUCGUCGAAAGACAAAACUCUCAAACAAUUGGUGAAAGGUGAAUCACCAUUAUGGAUUCGUAUUGUUAUGUCAAUUCUUCGUAUUUGGUUCUUUAUCUAUGAUUGUUUGAACUAUUUGCCAUAUCAAUUAUUUAAUUCACCAACUGAAAAAUUGAGAAAAUCUGAAAGAGUUAAGGUAAGUUGCACUUUUCCGGAACUAAAAAUAAAAACAGCGUGUGAAGAUGAUUAGUGGCAUCAUUUUGUUGUCAAUCAUCUAUCAUCAUUUGUCUUGUUUGCUUAUCAUUUGAUAAAUGUUACAUUUCUAUAUUAUAACACAUUUUUUUGUGUCGCGAAAAAAUGAUGGGAGAAAGAAACCACAAAAAAACACAUUUUGUAGGCCAAAUGGGUUGACGAAAGAGAUGGACCAAUUCGUAAUAUUGAUGGACAUGCUAGUGAAUCAUUCCCUGGAAAAGAUACUAUUGACAAAGUUUGGAGACAUUGUGUUGAACUUUAUGAUGAAUCACCAUGUUUGGGAACACGUCAAUUGAUUGAAGUUAUCGAAGAUCAACAACCAGGUGGUAGAAUUUUCGAGAAAUGGCAUCUUGGAGAAUACACGUGGCAAAGUUAUCGCGAAGUUGAAAAUCAAGUUGGAAGACUUGCAUCUGGUUUCAAAGAUUUGGCUGAUGAGGAAAAAUCAGCAAAAGUUGUUAUUUUUGCCGAUACUCGUGCUGAUUGGUUGAUCUCUGCAUUGGCUUGUUUCCGCGCAAAUGUUACAAUUGUCACAGUUUAUGCAACUCUUGGAGAAGAAGCCAUUGCUCAUGCUAUAAAUGAAACUGAAGCCACAACUAUUGUAACCACAUCUGAAUUAUUGUCAAAGAUUGUCACUCUUGGAAAGAAAUGUCCAACACUCAAGUCAUUGGUUUAUUUCCAACAAGUCAACGCGAAAGCGGCUGCACCAGAUUUGGCACCAUUUAGAGAACAAUUCAAACAUGUUUUAUCGUUGAAUGGAUUGUUGACAAGAAACAAGGAAAUUUUGAGUGAGUUCAAAAUAUUUUGAUGGAAAGAAAAUAAGGGGUAUUCUUUUUCAGAAGAAUCAACCGCCGUCAAAUCAGACAUUGCUCUUAUUAUGUACACAUCUGGAACCACUGGACAACCAAAAGGAGUUAUUUUGUCACAUGAAAAUGUUGUUGCAUCACUUUGUGGACAAGGACAUGGUGUUGGAAUUAUAGGGUAAGCAUUGGUUUUUUUUUUUGGAAAAUUAACAAAUACGAUAAUUUGCAAACUGAAUUUUCACGGCAACUUGUUGGAAAUAUAAUCCAACCAUGCUGAACAAUUUGAUUUUUAUCCUGAAAAAAAGUGGAACUCUUUUAACAUCUUGAAAUAUGGAAUUAUUUUUCAGAAACACUGACACCUAUAUCGGAUACCUUCCACUUGCUCACAUUCUUGAACUUGAUGCUGAAUUGACUUGUAUGACAAGAGGAGCCAAAGUUGGAUAUUCUUCCCCAUUGACUUUGCAUGAUCGAGCAAGUAAAAUUCAAAAAGGAACCCACGGAGAUUGUCACGCACUUCGACCAACUUUAAUGGCUGCUGUUCCAGCCAUUAUGGAUCGAAUCUUCAAAGCGGUUUCGGAAGAAGUUGCAGCAUCUCCAAGAUUUAUGCAAGAAUUGUUCAAAUUGAAUUACGAAAGAAAACGAGCAAGAUAUUUGGAAGGAUAUUGCAGUCCAUUCCUUGAUCGAAUUGUUUUCAAGAAAAUUCGCCGGCUUUUAGGUGGAAAAUUGAAGGGAGUUUUAUCAGGAGGAGCACCAUUAAAUGCGGAAACUCAACGAUUUAUGAAUAUUUGUAUGUGUUGCCCAGUUGUUCAAGGAUAUGGAUUAACUGAAACUUGUGGAGCUGCAUGUGUUGCUGAUAUUAAUGAUAUGAGCACAGGAACUGUUGGACCACCAGUUAGAUGUUCGGAUAUUGCAUUAAGAGAAUGGCCAGAAGGUGGAUAUUCACCAUUCAAUGAUCCACCACAAGGUGAAAUUUUGAUUAGUGGAGAAAAUGUGUCGCUUGGUUAUUGGAAACAACCAGAAAAAACUGCCGAAGAUUUUAUUAUGUAUAAAGGAAAAAGAUAUUUUGCGACUGGAGAUAUUGGACAAAAAAGAGAUGAUGGAUCAUUGUUGGUUAUUGAUAGAAAGAAGGAUCUUGUUAAAUUGCAACAUGGAGAAUAUGUUUCUUUGGCUAAGGUGAGAAUUUUGUGGAAAACUCUGAAUCUGAUUUUUCGCUGACACCCUUGACAAAUUUCGAAAAAAAAAAUCUUUCAAAAAUCCUCUAAAUUUCGAAUCUAUGGAAGGUUCAACUUUCUGACUGAAGUUUCAUUGAAAAAAUCUGGAUUUCUCUGAAAGUCCCACCCCUCAAAUCAGUUUCUGAAAUGUUCUCAACAUAGUUUUCUAUAUGGAAUUUUUCUCACGAAAGAAAUAAGUUUUUGUUUUUGUUUGAAAUUUUUGAAACCACGAAAUUGAAAUCUCCUCUGACACAUCAUGUCGGCCCAAUGAAAAUUGGCAAUCGGUGAGAGUGAAGAAGACUUAGAGAAAAAUAGAUCAAAGGUACAUUAAAAAUUUGUGGGUCUGAAAAUCCAUAAUUUUUGAAAUUGCGGUUGCUAACCAUCACAGGGGUUUUUUCACUACCGAGAAUUAAUCACGUACAAAACAUUUUAUCUGACGACAAAAAAUCUCCGCAAACAGCACGCUACGUGGCCGACAAAAAAAAACAAUAGCGUGUGGCCGGCCUCGCGAGAUGUCGGUCGCUGCAAACACACAUAUAGCCCGACUUUUUCUUUUUAUUUGUGUGUCUUUUGAGCCAAAGGGUUUUCAAUUUUCUUUUUGAAAAUCUGAAAACCUAAGCUCCGCCCACAUGUCUGUGCGGAAAAAGAUGGGCGGAGCCUAUUUGCUCGAUUACAAUUUUGCAUUGACUCGGUAGUGAAAAAAUCCCUGUGUAACCAUAUUUUGUUUCGAAAAAAAUUGAGGAUGACUUUUAGUCGCUUGGCACACUGAAAGUUCAAAAAUGAAUUCUCAAAAGUCAAGCUGAAGCCUAUUUCUAAUUUUCACAAAUCCUAGACCCGCAAAUGUAAGGCGAUGUUGCAAAUGAGUUUCUCCUCCGAGGAGAAAUGAGGAGAAAUGGGGCGAAAUUCAAAAAAUGCACUGUUUUGCCUCCACGUGCAACACGUUUCUCCUCUUUCUCCUCAAUUAGCUCGGGGGAGAAACUAAUCUGGAUCAUCGCCUAAAUCGCUGUAGAUCACGCGCGAUUUCAAUAUCUUUUCGUCUCUUUCACUCUCACCGAUUGCUGUUUGACAUGUUGUGCUGAACUCCUUCAAAUCGUUUAUAUUUUUCCAGGUCGAAUGUGCUCUUCUCAAUUGUCCAAUUGUUGAUAAUAUUUGUGUUUAUGGAAGUGGUUUAGAAGAUAGUGUUGUUGCAUUGGUUGUUCCAAAUCAAAAACAUUUGGAAAAAAUUGCUGAAGAAGAAGGUGUUGAUAGCAAAGAUUUGAAAACAAUGUGCGAACAUCCGAAAGUUGUUGCAGCAUUCAAAAAACAAUUGGAUGCUCAUUCCACAAAGAGUGAGUUUUUCUCAAUUUUUUGGAAAAAUUAUUUGAAGAUACUGGAUUUUUGACGUAAAAAAUCAAUUUAAAAAACUGGAAAUUCUGAUUUCCUGAUUUUUGACAGAAAAAUAUUUUCCAUGUAAAAUACUGUAUUUUUCUGUCUGAGAAUUCAAAAAAAAAAAUUCUGCAAAUUAAAAAAAAAUUAUUUGUCAAAGAAAUUUUCAAGAAAAAACUUUAAAUUUGUUCACUUCAAACUUUUGACGCCUUCAUAAAUGUUAUUUUUUCCAGGCAAACUGAGCCGUGUUGAAAUUCCCUCUGCAAUCCACCUUUGCCCUGAAGUUUGGGCUCCAGAUACUGGAUUAUUGACAGAAGCAUUGAAAUUGAAAAGAAAACCAAUUCAAAAUGCCUAUCAAUCAACACUUGAUAAUCUCUACAAAUCACUCAAAAAGAAUUAA